AUGGAGGACAAUCGAAAGAGAAACAUGGAGCGUCGGCGCGAAACAUCCCGAUAUGCCGCACGUGACCGCCGCUGCAAAGAAGGAGAAAUUUUCGACGAGUUGAAACAAGUGGUGCCAAUUGUUGAAGAGGGUACAGUAACCCAUCUCGAUCGUAUAGCCCUUUUACGCGUCGCCGCCACAAUUUGUCGACUGAGAAAGACAGCCGGUAAUGUACUGGAAAACGAGUUGGAUACCGAGUUCAACAAUGAGGUGUGGAAUGAGGAAACGAUAGCGGAAUGUUUGGACGGAUUCGUGAUGAUUGUAGACAGUGAUUCGUCAAUUCUUUAUGUGACAGAGAGUGUUGCAUUGUAUUUGGGAUUGACACAGACGGAUCUCACUGGCCGAGCACUCCGCGACUUCCUCCAUCCAGCCGACUAUGAUGAAUUCGACAAGCAGACCAAACUCAUCCACAAACCAAAAGACGAGGAGUACGAUGCCACUGGAAUCAACAUGGUACUUCGUAUGAAAACAGUCAUCAGUCCACGUGGCAGAUGUCUCAACCUGAAGAGUGCUCUGUACAAGUCAGUGUCUUUCCUAGUGCAUUCGAAAGUCUCUACUGGAGGACACGUUUCGUUUAUGCAAGGUAUCACUAUUCCUGCUGGACAGGGAACUACCAAUGCCAAUGCGUCUGCUAUGACCAAGUACACCGAAUCUCCAAUGGGUGCCUUCACCACUCGUCACACAUGCGACAUGCGUAUCACAUUCGUGUCCGACAAGUUCAACUACAUUCUGAAAAGUGAGCUGAAGACAUUAAUGGGCACAUCAUUCUACGACUUGGUCCACCCUGCUGAUAUGACAAUUGUUGGAAAGUCGAUGAAAGAACUUUUCACCAAAGGACAUAUCCGGACACCAUACUACCGGCUGAUUGCUGCAAACGAUACACUUGCUUGGAUUCAGACAGAAGCCACGACAAUCACUCAUACCACCAAAGGACAGAAAGGACAGUAUGUCAUUUGUGUUCACUAUGUGCUUGGAAUCCAAGGAGCCGAGGAGUCACUUGUGGUUUGCACGGAUGCCAUGCCAGCCGGUAUGCAAGUGGAUAUUAAGAAGGAGAUUGAUGACACCAGAGACUACAUUGGAAGACAGCCUGAAAUCAUUGAAUGCGUUGAUUUCACACCGCUUAUUGAGCCAGAAGAUCCGUUUGACUUGAUUGAGCCUGCGGCGGUCAUGGUGCGACAACGAGAACCGGAACAACAGGAACCAGUUGUCAGCAAACCUGCCGAUAUGGGUAUCUACUCGGUAACGGAUGAGUACGAGCAGCGAGUAUACGGCCGAGUGACGACUUCAGAAGACUUGCCACAAGAUGACGUUGACAUGGACUCAGAUACCGAAUCCAUUGAGGACGCUGGCCUUGCGCCAGAGUUCGACGUGGAUUUGGCACCGUUCUACGACAAUAAUAUGGAGAUUGACGGGGAUGAGGUGUACGGAGGAGAGCACUCUGCUCAUUACCAACCAAUUCCUUAUUUCUUUAUUCCAGGAACCCGUAAGGACAGCUACGAUGACGUUUUACAAUGGCUUUUUCGCGACCAGCCAAGCUCUCCGCCACCGACACGCUACCGAUCGGCGGAUCGCUUCCGACCAUCCCCCGAAACGUCGAAUUUCGACACCGCUAUGGCCUCGCCGCAAUUCAUGGAUUCGUCAUCUCGUGCCUCCAGACCGAAGACCUCAUACGGACGAAGAGCCCAGAGCCAAGGAAGCCGAACGACAACCAGCAACUCCAGCGGGUCGGCUAAUGCCACGCAACCGCACAGUGCCAACUACUCACCACUCGCCGAAGGCAUCUCACAGUGUGGACUUAACAGUCCCCCGAGUCUCAAAUCUAGCCAAAUCAUGUACGGAGACUCUCGACCUAUGGUCGGCCGCUGCGGUCCGUCCGAUUCGUCACGACGCUUUUCCGCCAUUCCAGUAUCAGAUACUCUCGAUGUGCCGUCCGCUGGCCUCUCCGGAUGCCACGACGAAGUCGUCACCGAUGUGUUCGCCACUAUGCCUUUUACCGAUUCUCUCAUUACCCAGGAGCAAUGCGAGGACGGUAACGGGCUCAACAAUUCGUCGCCAACAUUAGCCAAUGGGUGUGAACCUAUUAUAUGCGACAACCUCGAGUGGGAAGAGCCGGAUUUGUCGUGUUUGGCACCAUUUGUGGACUCUGGCGAUAUGCUUCAAAUCGGGGAUGGUUACUCACCAGAAUUCCAAGCACUAUAUGACCUACCCGACUUCACACCGGCGGUCCCAUCCGCUCCAGCUGCUAGGCCUGUUCAUAUUGACAGAAGCCCACCAGCAAAGCGAAUGGCACCGUCCGAAAUGGACUUUAUGUACACUAAUAAUCAAUAUCAACCAGCAUUCCAAGAAGCCCAAUAUUGGCAGCCAACACGCGACAAUUCCCACCAACAAGGCAACUAUCCGUCUUAUUAA